UGAUUGUUCAGUGAUGUACAACAAACACAAUGAUACACCCAAUUUUUGCAUCCCAGAUCAGAGCUUCCAUUUAAUACGAAAUGAAUAUGAUGGAAAACGAAGUGACUGCCAAAUGAUAGAUAGAAGAUAUAAUACGGACUUGGAAAUGUGCAAACAUUUAGCAUGUCUGAGAGGUGGCAAUGUUAUCAACUGGAGCCACAUCUUUUUUGGAAGGGGAGACUGUGAAAUUAGGCAAUGUUGUAAAAGAGAUGAUGAGGAAGACUGGAAUUUUAAGAUGGUAGAUAAUACGCUUGGAUUUAGUGUCUACACCAUUCCAUAUACAGGUUCACCUGUAUGUAGUACAGGAAACAAUUUGAAACAGUUUGUGAAUAGAUACAACAUGGGUGCACAAGGAUCCUCUGAUUGUGAACAUAUAGCAUCACAUAAAAAUAUUAGAUCACUUGCUGAGUGUAUGGUACAAGCAUGCAGUGACUGUGCAAAUGUCUUCAAUUAUCGGAAUGUAACACCUCACAGUGGAUGCUUUACAAAAUGGUGUUGUAUGAGAGAUGGAGAUUAUGAUUUUGAAUUAAUCAAACAAAAU